UGCAAAAUAUGAAAUGAAUAGGUAUAAUUUAAAAGAAAAUAUUGAAACUAAAUUGGAGUUUCUGUGUUGGUAUUGCAGCACUGUAGACAUUCAGUCUGUGUCGUUUUGUUUUUUAUUCCAACUACAAACAAUAUUAUUUGUGUUCUUUCCAUGGUACUUUUGUUAUUAUGUACACACGUUUUUCUUUUCUGUACAGAACACAGUGUUUGUUUGUUGCAAUUUUUGUUUGGAGCUUGAUAAUGUACGCAUAGACGUUGUGAAGUUGGAACGUGUCAAUUUUGACACUUGUGUCUUUUAACACACACGUUCGCUCGAUGCCGCUCGCCUGUGUUUACCUUUAUAGCUGCGUUCUAGGUGGAGCAAUUUUUUACAUAGCAUGAAGACCCUGCAGCAGAGUCGUGCCAUCAUAGCGACCGCCAUCCUUGGUGUCAUAGUGUCAACAUACGCUCUGUACGUCGAGAUGGCAGCUGAAAGCAAGCCUGGUUAUAAGGCCUUGUGCGACAUUUCCGAAUACGCCAGCUGUUCGCGUGUCCUCACGUCGGAGUAUUCCAAGGGCUUUGGGAUUAUCCCCAAGGAAUCUGCGUUGGAAGUGCCGAAUUGCAUUUAUGGCACGUUGUUCUACUGCUUCAUGAUAUUUUUAGCCACCUUCGACCACAUUGGCGUUAACAGACUUCAACUCUUGCUGUCUCUUGUUUCGUGUGCUUCAAGUGUAUACUUAGCUUACCUUUUAGCAUUUGUUCUCCAUGAUAUUUGUUUAGUGUGUAUAUCAACAUAUUUUAUCAAUGGUUUACUACUUUGGCUUGUUUAUAACAAAAACAAACAGUUAGUGGAGAAGAAAAAAUAAUGUAUGAAUAAAAAGUUGUAUUAUUACUUGAUAAUAAAGCUUAUUUUGUGAUAAUAGCGCCAUCUGUAGCACUGUAAGACAAUUUUAGAAAAAGCAAGGUAACGCCAUCUGUGUUCGUUAUUUGCUUUUCGUUUAUGUGGACAUCGUGCUUUUUUUUCUAGGGCCCUCUAGCGUAGAGUAGAUGUACUAGAACUUUAUUGUUUAUUGCAUAGAGAGCGCUUUUAUAACAUAAUAUACAUUUGAAUUUAAAAUAGAAUGAAAAAAUAAAUAUGCAUUAUUAAAAA